AUGCUCGAGUACAUCAGAGAAACGCCCGCGGGGCAAUUCCUCCGGUUUCUGGGUUUCCGGCAGCCAUGGCUCAUGUAUCCGGAAGAGCAGCCAGACUCUCAGCCAGGCGUGAUGCCCACCAUGUUCAGCGAAACGAGUGCCUCUGCUUCAGAAACCGACCUGGAGAAGAUUCUGCCCGAGGGAUCCGCGACGAUUCGUGCCACGGAGAAGGACAUCAUGCCGCGGCGGCCUCAAUCCCCCGAUACCGCCGAGGUCGCUGUCGUGGCCUUCACGGAGAAUGAUCUCGACAAUCCUCGCAAUUGGCCUCACGGCAAGAAGAUGUGGACAUUGACCGUCGUCAACCUGUACACCUUCUGCGUGUACUGCACGGCAUCGAUUGUCACGCCGACGGCAGAGGCCAUGAUGGUCCGAUUCAAUGUAUCUCUUGUGGUAGCCAGUCUGGGCCUGUCGAUGUAUGUUGUCGGAUACGCCGUCGGCCCUAUGUUCUUGUCGCCGAUCAGCGAGAUCCCUCGCAUCGGCAGGAACCCGCCCUACCUGUACGGAUUCGCGGCAUUCUUUGUCGUCUCGAUCGCUCUCGCCUUUGUCGACUCCUUCCCUGCUAUCAUCGUGCUGCGCUGGCUCCAGGGCCUGACGGGCAGUCCUGCCCUAGCCAGCGGCGCGGCGUCCAUUGAAGACAUCUACGACAUCUACACUGCCCCCUACGGAUACGUGUGGUGGAUUGCCGCCAUGUACUGCGGCCCGGCCAUCGGCCCACUGAUGGCCGGGUACGCCGUGACCGACAACUGGCGGUGGCCCCUGUACGAAGUCAUCAUCAUGUCCGGCAUCAUCUUGUGCCUGUUGCCAUUCCUGCCCGAGACAUAUCCUGGCACUAUCUUGCUCCGUCGCGCACAAAGACUCCGGAGAGCGACAGGCCAGACCCGGUACCAGACAGAAAUCGAACUACACCCUACCGCGUUCAGCAAGGUUCUCUUCGAAGCACUGAUCCGCCCGCUGGAGAUCACGAUGAAGGAUCCUGCCGUGCUGUACGCGGCCCUCUACGGCGGCCUCGUCUACGCGACAUACUAUUCCUUCUUCGAGGCCUUCCCGCUCGUCUACCUAGGCACGUACGGCAUGUCGCUCGGCGAGCUGGGCCUGAUCUUCCUCAGCCUGAUGACCGGCUGCAUCGUCGGCCUCGCCGCGUACUACGCGUACCUGCGGUCGUGGUUCAUCCCGCACGCGCGCAAAUACCACGCCGACCAGGGCAAGCCGGUCGAGCAGGAGGAAUGGCUGCGACCGGGCCUCUGCGGCGUCUGGGGCCCGCCUGUGGGGCUCUUGCUCUUCGCCUGGACGGCCCGCGCGGACGUGCACUGGAUCGUGCCCACGGUCGGCAUUAACAUCUGGGCCGCCGGCAGCUUCUGCAUGUUCCAGAGCAUCAUCUGCUACGUGGCGCUCGCGUACCCGAAGUACGUGGCCUCGCUGUUCGCGGCCAACGACUUUGUCCGCUCCAUGAUGGCCGCCGGGUUCGUCCAGUUCUCGCACUCCAUGUACGUCGACCUGGGCGUCGCGAAGGGCGUCACCGUCAUUGCCGGUCUUUCUGGCGCGGGCGUCGCGGGCAUGUACGGGUUGUAUUACCUCGGGGCGUGGCUGCGCGGGAGGAGCAAGUUUACCGGCUGA